AUGGCAGGAUCACAGCUUAAGCAGCUCAAGGCUAGCUUAAAAGCUAAUGGUCUAUUAGGUCAAACAAAUACCGGUAAAAAGGGAAAGAGACCCAAUUCAAGCCAUGACCGAAAAGAUAGAGACAAGGCUAUUCAAAGUAUUCGAGAAGCCUUCAAUCCGUUUGAUGUUAAAGUCACAAAACAAAAGGUGGAUGUAAUUGGACGAACUAUACAAGGAGCUCAAGGAAAGCCUGGUAUUAGCAAACAAGUUGGCGAAGAAAACAGACGUCGUGCUUAUGAAGUUAUGGCCAAGAAAAACAAGGCCGGUGGUAUUAUCGACCGAAGAUUUGGUGAAAAUGAUGCGAAUAUGACUCCUGAAGAGAAAAUGUUGGCGAGAUUUACUCGUGAAAAGUUGACUGGACUGGCUUCAAGAAAGGAAUCACUCUUCAACUUGGAAGAUGAUGAUGGUGAAGACGAUACUCUGACACAUUACGGCCAGUCACUCUCUUUGACAGAUGAUUUUGAGCAGGACGACUUAGGAGUGGAUGAGGACGAUGAAGAGACUAAAGAAAUUAUUAGAAAACGAAGAAUGAUGAUGGUUAAUGGCAAUGAAGAAGAGGAAGGAGAAAGCUCAGCUCCGAAAUCGAAGAAGGAGGUUAUGCAAGAGAUUAUCGCCAAGUCCAAGAUGUACAAAUAUGAACGUCAACAAGCCAAAGAAGAGGAUUUGCAUAUUAUCGAUGAGCUCGAUGCACAGGAGAACCUAGACGAACUUCUUGAGGACCUUAAUGCAUAUGAUCGUAAGCACACUGUGCCAAAAGCUGAAUCUGCAGAAAGAGAUGAAGAGUAUGAACAGAGAGUUAGGGAAAUGGCUUUUGAUAGAAGAGCCCAGCCUACUGAUAGAACCAAAACUGAAGAGGAGUUGGCUAAGGAAAAAGCCGAGAAAACUCGCAAACUGGAACAGGACCGUUUGGCUAGAAUGGAUGGUGAAAUUUAUAAUGACGAUGAUGAUGAUAUUGGCCAUACUAGUGACUCAGGUAGUGGAGAGGAGGAUGAAGGCGAAGGUGAUGAAGAUGUCAAUGAUGCUGCUGAGUUUGGCCUUGAUGUUAGAAAUUUCAGUGAUGAUUAUGUUUCCGAUGGAGAUAAUAUCGAUGGUAGUGACGAGGGCGAGUUCCUCGACGAAGACGACGAAGAGGCCGAGUCUGAACUUUCGCAACCUAGCAAAAGGCGCAAAGUAUCAGAAUCCAAACCACAAUAUACAUGCCCAGAGACCAUUGAUGAUUUGGAAUCAAUUUUGAAUCAGCAAACUUCUUCCAGUGAAUAUCCUAAAGUUAUAGAACGAAUUCUCGAUCUAUACCAUCCAAGUAAAGCGGUUGGAAACAAACAGAAACUCGGCGUUUUUACAACUGUUCUGUUUGAAUUUCUACAAAAGCCUAAUUACACAAGUAAUUAUCCUCAAGUUUUCACUAAAAUGGUGGAACAGCUCAAAACGUUGACCACUAGCCAUGUAGAGGUGCUGACUGAUUUCUGCCGUGAACAGAUCUUACAGGUAAAUGAGAAGCUCACUGCUACUCGAUUAGGGGAUUCAACUGUUGCUCCAGCCGAUGUUCUACUGUUCACUCUGAUUGGUCUAGUAUUCUCCACCUCAGACCAUUUCCACCUUGUGGUUACAUCUGCUACACUUGUUUUAGCCCAACAUCUAUCACAGAGUCCACUUCGCUCUGCUAAGGAUUUAUUAACCAAUAUCUUUAUCUGUGACACUCUUUUAGCAUAUCAGAGAAUCUCUCAACGUUACAUUCCAGAAAUUCCAUUAUUCUUGCAGCGUUUACUGACUCUGUCUACUAGUAGUGAAGGUGCCAAAGACGUGGCAGAGACAUUAGACAUAUUUGUUGAGGAUUCUGAUUUUCACUUUGACCUUGAUAUCAAAGCAUUGAAAGGUCUUGAUGGUACCCUAAAAUUACUCGACUUUGUUGAACCCCGUGAUAAUCUUCUUGAAAGAAUAUUCCUGCAUUCUUUGGACACUAUCUCUACUGCCAGCAACCUGUGGAGGGACAAGCUAGCAUACAUUGAAAUUUUUGGCCCUAUUACGAAACUUCUUGAAGUUCACGGCGAUAUCCACCCCUUGGUGGCAUCUACAAGAUCAAAGCUUGAAAAGCUAAUAGCCAUUUCAACCAAAGAACGUGUGCCAUUGACAUUACAAAGCCACAGACCCCUUCCUAUUCAAACAUUUGCACCCAAGUUCGAAGAGAACUACAAUGUUGACAAGAAGUCGUACGAUCCUGACAGAGAACGUAACGAGGGUAAUAAGCUUCGUGCCGAACUUAAGAAGGAGAGGAAAGGUGCUCUUAGAGAUCUGCGUCGUGACAAUGCCUUUAUCGCUAGAGAGAAGAUCAAAACCAAGAGACAAACUGACAAAGAGUAUCAUGAGAAGUUGGCUCGUUUGGAGAGAACUAUUCAAACAGAAGAAGGCGCAGAAAAAAAUAAAUACGAACGGGAAAAGCAAGCUCGGAAGAGAAAACACUAG